AUGGGAGUACAAAAUUUUUGGCAACUAAUUGAAGCAACCGGCCGACCGGUUAAUAUGAAUAAAGGUUUAGAAGGAAAAGUCUUAGCUAUUGAUAUCAGUAUUUGGCUACAUCAAGCAGCUAAAGGCAUGCGUGACCGACAAAAUCCACAUAUAAUUCUAUUAUUACAUCGUAUUUGCAAAUUAUUACAUUUUAAAAUUAAACCAAUUUUUAUAUUUGAUGGCGGAGUACCAGAAUUGAAACGACGAACCCUUUGUCUUUUCGUUUUUUCGGCUGAACGACGGCAACGACGAGAAGUUGCAGCAAUAAAAAUCAAAGAAGCAAAAAGUAAAAUGCGAACAAAUUACUUGAAGAUGUUAGCUAUUCAACAGCUAAGAGGCGAAGAAAUUCAAUCAUUACCACCAGCACCUUGUGACGAGCGUGAAAAAGAUAUAUUUGAAUUGCCAGAUACUGAUAUAUAUGAACAAUUGGCCUAUGAUGAGAAUGAAGGCGAAGAAGAUGAUGAUGCUGAAAUUAUAGAAAAUACUGAGCUUCAACCAGUAACUAAAGUAAAAAGACAACGAACAAUAUGGUCAAAAACACAAGCAGAUAACGAUGCUAAUGAUCAUUAUCUAUUACCUAAUGUAAAUGAAAUGGACGAUGAUGCACUUAGUAAUUUACCUGUUGAAAUGCAACAUGAAAUUCUAACUAAUUUGAAAGAACGUCUUAAACGUGGCCGAAAACAAAUCGAAGAUAUGCCUCAAAAAAGUGACGAUUUUUCUGAUUAUCAAGUACAAAAAUUACUUAAACAAAAUACCGUUAGUCAAAAGAUUGUUGAACUUAAUAAAGCUAUUAAACGACAAAAAUUUGACAUUCCAUUAGAAUCAAAUACUAAAGUUUAUGCAGGUAAAUUAGCAUCCGAUUCUUGUACACAAUAUAUUCUCAUCAAACCGGAUACUACACAAAAAAGUGAACCAGCAACAAAUCUAUCAAGAAUUUCAUCGUCAACAUCAUUUAGUCGUCAGUCGACAAGUGAUUUUUGUGUUAAUACUCUAAUGGAUCGAGAUCCUGUUACUACGCACGUUCAGCAACAAAAUACAACUGUUGACAUCGGCUUUUUAAUUGAAAAAGAUGAUUUUAAAUCAUCAUCUUUGGAAGAAGAACAAAUUGUUACGAUAGACAAACCGAUUGAAAAAGAAAAAAAAACAUCUCCAAUAAAUGAACCAACUGUUGAAAACUCUUCGAUUAGAGAGUAUGAUGAAGAAGCUAUCGCAUUGGAAAUAGCUAUUAAGCGCUCAUUAGAAGAUCAACAGAGAUCAAUCAGUGAAAAUAAUAAUGAUGAUCUAUCGAAUACAAUUGAAUCUUCUUCAGAUUCCGAUGAUUCUGACUUUAUCGAUGUUCCAACAAUUCCGAAAUCUACUGAACCCAUUAUUCUUCCACAUUUUAUUGGUGGUGAUGAUGAUGAAAGCAACGAUAUUAGCAAAACAAAUACGAAUCAAUCUUCUGAAUUUAUAGAACUUGAUAACGAUGAAAAUGAAAGUAGUAAUAAUAGUACAGCUAUUGAAGAUAUUACAAUGUUUAUUGACAAUAACAAAGAUCAAUCAUUACUAGCCGACUUUGACAGUAGCCAACCAUCAAUAUAUCAAUCUGAAAGAUUAGAUGAACUUCAAGCAGAGUUAGCCAAUGAUAUAGCUGUUCAGCUGACGGCAGCUCGUGGUAAUGAACGUUUAACAAUGACAUUAACAGAUACAAUGCAUGAAGAUACACAGUAUCUUCUUCGUUUAUUUGGUAUUCCAUAUCUUGUAAGUCCAACAGAAGCUGAAGCGCAAUGUGCUUAUUUGGAUUUAACAAAUCAAUGUGAUGGAGUUAUUACGGAUGAUAGUGAUGUUUGGUUAUUUGGUGCAUCCCAUGUUUAUCGACAUUUUUUUCGUCAAGAGCAAUUAGUUGAACAUUACGAUUCAACCAUAAUUGCAAAUCAAUUAGGUUUAGAUCGAGAAUCCAUGAUUGCUAUUGGUAUGAUUGUUGGUUCGGAUUAUACGAACGGUAUUCCCAAUGCUGGUAUUAUGACAGCUUUAGAAAUACUACAAGAAUUUCAUGGUACAUGCAUGGAACGAUUAGAAAAAUUUCGACAUUGGUGGAAAAAAGCGCAAAAGCCUGAUUAUAAAACUCAAUCGAAAGUAUUAAAACGAUUGAAAAAUUUAGCACUUUUUGAAGGUUUUCCGAACCAAGCUAUUUAUGAUGCUUAUAUUUCUCCGAAAGUCGAUCCUGAUAAAUCAAAGUUUACAUGGGCUAUGCCACAAUUAGAACUCAUUCGAGAAUUCAUAGGAAGUAAACUCAAAUGGGAUCGAAGAAAAAUUGAUGAUAUGAUACUACCCGUAAUUAAACGAAUGAAUACAAAUGAAAUUCAAUCUCGUAUUGAUUGUUUUUUUGCACCAGUCCUAUUCGAAAGUACUUCACAUCAAUUUAAGAAGAACACUAGGUUAAAAUCAGCACUCGAUUUACUUAAACAAAAAACUCAAAAAGCAAAAGAAAACGAAAAUGAAAAUGAUUUAAAUCUAUCCGAAGAUGACAAUACUCCCAUACCAGAAAGAAAUGCACCGAAACGAAAAAAACGACCAAAAACUACAAAAUUAAUGAAUAAUCUCUUGGAUAGUGUUCAAAAAACUAAACAAAGAUCAAAAAAGAAAAAACCUAUUGUUUCUCCGAUUCUAUCAGAUGAAGAAAACGUUUGA